AUGUGGCUUAUUGCAGGGGGCUCGGGAAGCGUCAGGACUUCACAGGCUUUUCCUCUUCGCUCGGUGGCUGGCCAGAUGCAGUACUGGCCAUUUUCUCCUUCCGAUCUUUACAAUUGGAAAACCCAUAACCCCUCUUUCUCUCAGGACCCCCAGGCUCUGACUGGGCUGAUUGAGUCAAUUUUAUUGACUCAUCAGCCCACCUGGGAUGAUUGUCAGCAGCUUCUGCAGACCCUCCUCACUACUGAGGAAAAGCAGCGUGUCUACCUUGAGGCACGGAAAAACGUCCCUGGAGCAGAUGGCCGACCGACCCUACUGCUAAACGAAAUCGAGGAGGCGUUUCCCUCAACCCGUCCUGAUUGGGACUACACCACCGUUGCUGGUAGGGAGCGACUUCGUCUUUAUCGCCAGAUUCUCCUUGCGGGUCUCAGAGGGGCUGGAAAGCGCCCCACUAAUUUGGCCAAGGUACGUGCAGUAGUACAGGGGGCUGAGGAAACGCCGGCAGGCUUCCUAGAAAGAUUAAUGGAAGCCUACCGUAUGUACACCCCGUUUGACCCCCUGGCAGAGGACCGGCAGGGAGAUGUAAUCAUGUCCUUUAUAGGACAGUCAGCGCCGGACAUCCGCAAUAAAUUGCAGCGGCUAGAGGGGCUUCAGGGGUAUACUAUACAAGAUUUAAUAAAGGAGGCAGAAAAGAUUUACAACAAAAGGGAGACCCGAGAGGAGAAGGAGGAAAGGAUCCGCAAGGAGCAGGAGGAAAGGGAAGACAAAAGAGAUAAAAGACGUAAUCGAGAGCUUAGUAGAAUUUUGGCCACCGUAGUGCAGGAUAUAGAAAGGAGUAGACCAGGACAAAAUAGGGACUUGGGAGACAAACGAAAGCCUCGGGUGGAAAGAGAUCAAUGUGCCUAUUGUAAAGAAAGAGGAGAAUUAACUACACCUUUAAGCCUCACUUUAGAUCAUUGGGAAGAGGUCCGAGAGCGAGCCCAAAACUUGUCCGUGGAGGUGCGGAAAAAGAAUUGGAUGGGUUUCUGCACCUCCGAAUGGCCAGCCUUCAAUAUCGGGGUGGUGGCGGAGCUUGGUCCCGCUACACCCGCCACCGCCCUGAGGAUGGAGCCCAGUCCUGAGUUGCCAGCAACCACCCCGGCGGCGGAGUCGGGCCCCAAACCCACUCCGCCCCUAUCCGCGACACCCCUACCGUUUUCAGUUUCAGACUUGUACAAUUGGAAAGCGUUUAACCCGACUUUUUUCCAAGACCCACAGGCCUUAACAGGGUUAAUCGAAUCCAUUUUUUUAACCCACCAACCAACUUGGGAUGAUUGCCAGCAGCUUCUGCAGGCCCUCCUGACCACGGAAGAAAGACAGCGAGUUCUCACGGAAGCUCGAAAGAGUGUUCCGGGGGACAAUGUUCAACCCACCCAACUGCCAAACGAAAUUGACGCAGCAUUUCCGUUAACCAGACCAGAUUGGGAUUUCAAUACGGCAGCCGACUGGAAUGGUACUCAAAGACGGACUUGCUUCUGUGCCUUGCAGCUGAUUUAUAAGCAUAUAGAAAAGCAGCUGGCGUUCGCGGGCACCCAAACCAGGACUCUUGAGCCGCGCUGGACCACACCAACCGCGGUAAAAGUCGACGGAUUCGCCGCCUGGGUCCACGCGUUCCAUGUGAAGCAAGCUCUACUGGAGGAGGACAAAACUCAGGACGAUUGCCCCGCUGACCGGACACCCACAUACCCCAAGGAGGCUCACGUGGGAGGUGAUAUCUGGUACCGCUGA